GCAAGAGGAAGCAGCGCUUUUCCUCCUGUAGCUGCGUUCAAGCUGCUGCUGGACCAGCAAGAACAGCUUUGAACCGGUUUUGUCGCCGGCUACAAAGCAGUAUGAGCGGAUGCUCAAUGCGCAUUGUUGAAGCAGAGUGCUCUUUGGACACACGGGCAUCCUAGAAACCAUCUACGACGUGUACGAUGUUUUCUCGUUGAUGUCAUUUGUUAUGGUUUUGUAAGACGGGCGUUUUAAUAGGAAAACAUCCUACAUGGAAAGUUCCCGUAGAGCGCGCAGCUCUGCAGGGUCCUGCUGCUGUUUUUGUUGAUGCUGAGGAAUCCCUUCUCUGUCAGCGCUGUAGCAGAACCCAAAGGGCAGCAGUAACAUCAGCAUCAUGGCUCCAUCUACUGAAGUGCUGGAUGGAGGCUGGGGAUGGGCGAUUGUUGUGGCCUCCUUCAUGGCCCAGCUCCUGGCGUACGGAUCACCCCAGUCGGUGGGCGUCCUGUACCCCGAGUGGCUGCAUGCCUUCCAGGAGGGCAAAGGCAUGACGGCCUGGGUGGGCUCCCUUGUGGCUGGAGUGGGACUAAUAGCCAGUCCUGUCUGCAGUGCCUGUGUGGACAACUUUGGGGCUCGUCCCGUGACCAUCUUCAGUGGCGUAAUGGUGGCGGGUGGCCUGAUGCUCAGUGCCUUUGCUCCAAAUGUCCAGUUCCUCAUCUUUUCCUAUGGGAUCGUGGUUGGCCUGGGUUGUGGUCUCGUCUACGCAGCAACGUUGACAAUCACCUGUCAAUAUUUUGACAAGAGACGUGGCCUCGCCCUUGGCAUAGUCACCACAGGUACAAGUGUUGGAGCGUUCAUCUACGCCUCCGCUCAGAACGAGCUGAUCGUGUUGUACGGCCUGGACGGCUGCCUGCUAAUCAUCGGAGCUGUAGCACUAAACCUCAUGGCCUGCGCCGGCUUCAUGAGGCCCCUUAACAUGCCAGGGUACUACCUCAAACAGAAGGCCGCGCUGGAACGCAACACAGAGGAGCAGCUUUUCGAGAAGCCCCCGCUGGAUGACUUGAAGAUUACAACAGGUUCCACCACAACAACUCCAGAGAAAGCUCUGACAGUGAAGGAGUUGCUCAUCACCAUCGAUGCCAAAGACUUGGCCAUUCAGUCGGAGAAGAAGAAAGGCAGCUUCCUGGCUGGUUUAUCCAUCAUGAAAGUCAUCAAGAAGAAGCAGCAGGCUUACUCCAAGUACAUGCAGUCCAUGUAUGAGAUCCUGCAGGACCAAGCUAUGGUAGCCAUCUGUAUCGCUGUAUUCCUGUUCAGCCUGGGGGCGUUCCCUCCUGUGCUCUUCAUAGAGGAUGUGGCGCAGAGUGAAGGACUCAUUGAAGAAGUUAGUGUCAUUCCUCUGGUAUCAAUAGGGGCCAUCGCAACUUGUGUGGGUAAACUAGCGCUGGGAAUGCUGGUGGACAUCAAGUGGAUUAACGGCAUCUAUCUGUAUGGCUUCACCAUGAUUGCGGGAGGUGUGGCACUACUCCUUAUCCCUCUGACAAAGAGUUAUCUGGGACUGCAAAUCCUGUCUGUCGUCCUGGGUUUCUUCUCUGGAAACUGGUCUCUCACCUCCUACAUUACCACUCAGAUUGUCGGCUUAGAAAGACUGACACAAGCCCACGGUAUCCUCAUGUUCUUCGGAGGAUUUGGGAUCAUGCUUGGACCCCCUGUUGUAGGGUGGUUCUUUGACUGGACGCAGUCAUAUGACUUGGCGUUCUACUUUAGCGGAGGCUGUGUGGAGCUGGGAGCAAUCAUUCUCUUUCUGCUGACCCUUCCCUGCUGGAACAGGAAGAACUCCGAUAGCAACAGACCAGACGUCCAUUACACAAGCAACUGUGAAAAAGUUGCCUCUGUAGCUUGAAUUAAACACCUUUCAUAAGGACUCAAAUCUCACCCCUAAUGCCCAGCAACUCUGCUGAUAAACUGUACCUGAACCACCUCUGGGAGGAAUUCUUUUCUUUGAAUUUACAGGAGUUUCCUCCUUAAUUCUGCUGCCAGGUUCUAAUAUACCAAAAUACUUGCCAGAGGUUUCGAAAUACAGGCCUUUUCCCUCUGUACCUUGCCUGCAUUUCUCAGGUUCAAACCAGAUACUGCAGAUAUUUUUAAAGGUUUGACUUUGAUGCCUCUGAUUUUUUUUUUAAAUUAUUGCCUCAUUUUACGAGGUCAACUGAACAAUAUCGUUCAACUCCCAAAUUCUACAUUGUGUUUAUGUAGACACUGGUUUUCACUUUACUGUAGCAUGGUGCCGUUCAUAAUACCUGGGCGAGAAGAAAAUGUUGUUUAACACAGUAACAACAUUUAGAACCACUCUGCAAAUGCACAAAAAAAAUCUUACUGGAACAGAGAAUACAGGGAUUGGAAUGAGGGAGGGUGCGCUUUUUGAUAAUCGUAAUUUUAGCAACACAUUUUUUUAUUUUGGUUUUAUUAUAUAUCUUUAUUACACUACUAUGUAUCUUUCCAAAGCAUCAAUGAUAGUCAAUGCUUGUCAACACAUAAUGCCUGUUGGAACAAUACAAAAGCCUUGCUUUAUACAUUGAUCAUUUUUCAGUUCCACAUACCUCCUGUUUCUAGAUCAGAGACUUUUUAAAAAUAAGUUAUGCUGAUUUAAAAACAUGUAAAAAACACUGAAGAGAUCCUACUGUAUUUCCAACCCUAACAGCAUGUUGAUUCUCUGUGUGGCAUGAUGAUCAUGGCCUCUGCUGGCACCAGGCUGGUCCUUUUCCAUCAUCGUUGUGAGUGGUAUAUGUUUAUGUGUACGCAGUGUGUGUGUAUGUGUCUGCGCACGCAUGUUCGUAUAUGUGCACAGGUUUGUGUGUGUGUGCAUUGUUUGAUAAACUUUUGUAUUAGCACUAGUUUGUAAAGUCCUAUGUGCUAGUGACUUUUAUAUGCACAAUACCGGCCAUAGGGCUGUAAAAACUGUUCUUGUUUAAGUUGGAAGUUGAUUAUUGUGAUCAUAAUUGUAAUGAAGCAUUGCAAUAGGCUUUUAGAAUAACUUGAAUGUUGUUAAAUACACCACUCCAAAUGUAUUUUUGAUAGUUCCAGUUUCAGGCAUAAGGGUAAAUCUGGGACGAUAGCGUUUGCUUUUCGUGUUUGUAGAGGGUAUUCACAAAGUGCAGAUGAGGUACAUUUAGUACUGAACUAGAUGAAACAAUAUGUUUGGCUGUCACCUUUCAGCCACUCUUAUUUUGUAUGUCAGUAUUACAAUAUUUAUGUUGGUUAUUGUUUUAUUAUAUCUUUUUAUUUAAAAAGUGCCAAUAAAAAAUAUUUG